AUGGUAUGCACAACAACAAUCAUCACUUUUCUUGCAACAUUGAGUCAUGCUCAAGCUAUUCGAUUUCUGGGAAGAGUUAAUCCCACAACUAAAGAACUGACUUGGCCGGGAACUGGCGUGUCGUUUACAUUCACUGGGACAUCCGCUGUUGUUACCCUCGGCGCUGUAAGUGGCACCAGCAGCUUCAACUUACGCGUGGAUGGUGGCGAACCUACCCUCAUCUCCGAUCUCUCAAGCAAAAAAAUCUCUACAACUGGAUUGGCUCAAGGAAACCACACAGUCGUCUUGCGGAAACGAUCGGAAACAGGAUUCGGUACUGUGACGAUCGGCAACAUCACAGUUGACGGUUCAUUCGGUCCAGAUGCUAUCCCCAAACGAAAAAUCGAGAUAAUUGGCGAUUCCAUUACCGUAGGGUACGGCCUUGACGGAACACUUCCAUGCACAGACAGUGCUAUUGUGCAGAACAACCCCAAAACCUAUGGCGCGCUGGCAGCGGAUGCACUCGGUGCCGACUAUAGUGUCGUAGCUUGGAGUGGCAAAGGGGUAACAAGAAACUACGCAUCCGGGCAACCAGAUGAUAGUCCGAUCAUGCCACAGCUAUGGACACGACAUGGUGCGAACGACGCAGACAAUAGCUACACGUUUCCCGCGACUGCAACCCCCGACGCCGUAGUCAUUAACUUAGGCACAAACGACUUCAGCUACCUUAAUGUACGCCCAGCGCUUAAUGCUACCUUCUUCACAGACGCCUUCAUCGAUUUUGUUGGCAAUAUCCGAGGCCAUUACCCAGAUGCGGAGUACUUUCUUGUCACAUCCCCUAUGCUGAAUGACAAUUAUCCUUCAGCAGAAGAUGCGCAGAAGACAACGCAUAGAAAAUCUCUUGAGUCGGUUAUUACGCACUUCAAUAGUACCAAGUUUCAUCUCGUGGAUUGGCCGUCGCAGGGUUCAGAUGUGGGGUGUGAUUAUCAUCCCAAUGAGGCGACUCACGCAGCUGGUGCUAAAUUACUUGUUGAUGCAAUCAAGGGGGCUCUGAACUGGUAG